UGACCUGGACCGCCUUCCACGCCAUUGAGCCAACCAAAAGCGAAGCCCUCUUCUCUCUCUCUCUCCCUCUCUCUCCCUUCAAGAAGUCCUCCUCGUUGCGCUCUCUGUCGCGCUGUCCCUCUUCCUCGGCUGCGACGAGACACCGAGAUUUGCUCCUCAUCUCUCUCUCUCUCUCUCUCUCUCUCGCUCGCUCGCAGUGGGAAUAGCGAGGAAGGGAAAUGGGUUUCUUCUCGUUCCUCGGAAGGGUCCUCUUCGCGUCCUUCUUCCUCCUCUCCGCAUGGCAGAUGUACAAUGAGUUCGCUGUCGAUGGGGGUGCUGCAGCAGCUAAGGAGUUGCGCCCUAAGUUAAGUGUUGCCUUGCAGCAUCUGUCCUCCAAAUUGGGAGUUGCAACGCCUGAUGUUGAUGAUUUCAUGCAGACUAGACACGUGGUCGCAUCGAUCUACAUUCUUAAAGGCCUCGGAGGCAUUCUGUUCGUGUUCGGUAGUUCCUUUGGGGCUUAUCUCCUGCUUCUUGAAUUGGCGCUCACAACUCCAAUUCUCUAUGACUUCUACAACUAUGACCCCAGCAAGCCCGAGUUCGAGAGUCUUCUUAACGACUUCACACGGAACAUGGCAUUUUUCGGUGCCCUUCUGUUCUUCGUAGGGAUGAAGAAUUCGCUUCCGAGGAGGCAACUCAAGAAGAAGAGCCCCAAAGCAAAGGCAAAUUAGAAGCGGAGGCGCAGUGUACGGUGUUGAGAACUCACAAGUUAGAGGGGGGUCUUCAUUUGGGUGGUGGGGUUUUGAGUUCGUAAGUUAUGAUGGCAUCUCUUGCAGCAUCCCCAGGUUAUGAACGAUUUUCAGGCUACUUUUCUUCGGUACACAUUGCUGGGAUUUUUCGACUCCAAAGGUUAUUAGGAUGAUUCCCGAGUGACGGGAGCGAUGAUAUUUUGUCAUUUUGUUUUAAGUUGGUUGGUUCACGAAGGUUUACUCUCGAAAGAGUUUGAAUUUAUCAUUAGAUGUUCAGGAUUCUUAAAAGCCUCUCCUUUUAUU